AUGACCCGCCUGCGAGAAGAUCUUCAGGGCGCCGACCCCCACCUGGUAGCCGGGCGCUUGGAGCUGGUCUCCGGCUGGCUUCACUCAGACGUGUCCGUUCGGGCGGCGCUGUGCCAGGCCACGGCGACCUCUGAGAAGGACAAGCAGGCCGUCGUCCAGGCUGCGGCUGCUCGUGAGGUGGCGCUGAAGGAGGGCGAGGCCGCCCGGGAUUGCUGCCAGGUGCUGGAGGCCGAACUGAAGACUUUGCGCAACGAGCGUGCGAAAGAAGCUCGUGGCCGCCAGGCGGAGGAGGAGAAGAUGAAGGCCCGCGAGGAUGCCGCCAGGGGUCGCGACACCGAGCUGGAGCAGUUGGGGAAGGCGCAGGCUGCAGAGCGUGGCCGGCUGGAGAAGCUGAAGCAGGAGUUGGAAAUGGAGAGGGCCGAGCUCGACGCCAGGGCGAAGGUCCUGGCCGAGGACCGCGAGGCCUUCCAGCUCCUCGAGAAGAGGUCCCGCGUGGCACUGCGGGCACUCUACGAGAAGGGCUUGGAGAAGCCGCUGGCCACCGACACUACAAGAAAAUACACUUCCGGACGUGGAGACACUGGCCCAGAGAGUGAAGAGGGCCAAGAUUCCUCCUGGGUGAACCCAGAGGACGUGGAUGCCAUCGUCGAGGACGUCGCCAAGGCCGCCGAGGCGGACGCCGAGAGGAUCGCCACCGAGGAGGCUAUCAAGGGCGCUGCCGAGGACGCUGCCGAGGACGCCGCCAAGGACUGGUUCCGCGAGGCUCACAAAGAGCUGAAGGCUGCCCAGGGCAAGCUGGCCAAGCGCGACGUGGAGCUCACCAUGAAGCUCGCCGACGUCGAGAAAGCCCAAGAGACGGCGAGGAACUUGGCCGCUGCCACCGAGGCCGCCCGGACCCAGCAUGAGGGCGAGAACCGCUGGCUCGACCGCCUUGCCACUGUCGCCAACAAGGCCGCCGCGCAGCUGGCCACCAUGGGGAUGCCGGACGUGAGGUAUGCCCCGGAGCGGAGCAUGAGUGCCAACUGCAGCCUGACCCUGUUCUGA